AGUCGCCAGCAGCAGCCGAGUCCCCUUGGGCUGGACACUGGGCCCGGGGCGCAGGUGAAGAAUGCGGCGCUCCUCGGUGCCCCCUCUCCCCGCCUCCUGAGCCCCCCCCAUCCCUCGCCUCUCACCCCGUCCCGGGCACCAGGACCAGCCAUGCCCACCAGGAGGGCAUGCUGCUGGCCGCCGCUGCUGCUGCUGCUGCUGUGGACGCUGGCCGGGCCUGCCCGGGGCGACGAGGCCAUCCACUGCCCGCCCUGCUCGGAGGAGAAGCUGGCCCGCUGCCGGGCCCCCGUGGGCUGCGAGGAGCUGGUCCGGGAACCGGGCUGCGGCUGCUGUGCCACUUGCGCCCUGGGCCGGGGCAUGCCCUGCGGCGUCUACACCGCCCGCUGCGGCUCCGGGCUGCGCUGCUAUCCGCCCCGCGGGGUGGACAGGCCGCUGCACACGCUGAUGCACGGCCAGGGGGUCUGCACGGAGUUGGCCGAGAUCGAGGCGAUGCAGGAGGGGCCGCAGCCCGCGGACAAGGAGGAGAGCGAACACCCCAACAACAGCUUCAGCCCCUGUGGCCCCCAGGACCGCAAGUGCCUCCAGAAACACUUCGCCAAACUGCGCGCCGGGAGCAGCAGCAGCAUCAGGAUGAGGAGUGGCCUGGGGGGGCCCCACCGGGAGGAGACUCGGCCUCUGAUCCAGGGAUCCUGCCAGAAUGAGCUGCACCGGGCCCUGGAACGACUGGCGGUCGCCCAGACCCGCACCCACGAGGAUCUGUACAGUAUCCCCAUCCCCAACUGUGACCGGAAUGGCAACUUUCACCCCAAACAGUGCCACCCAGCUCUGGACGGGCAGCGGGGCAAGUGCUGGUGUGUGGACCGGAAGACCGGGGUCAAGCUGUCCGGGAGCCUGGAGCCAAAGGGGGAGCUGGAUUGUCACCAGGCGGCUGACGGGUUCCGGGAAUGAACCCCUCCAUGGGGCUCGGGGGAGGGGUGAUGGACAGGGGGCGGGGGGUAGGGGCGAGACCCCGGUGCCCCAGCCCUUGAGCCUCUUCAGUGUUGGGGGAGUGAAGGCAGCAGGAAGGAGCCCAGAGUGUUCCCCCUGCAACCCUUUUCCCUCUUCUCCCUGCUCCCCAUCCUAGCUCUGGCUCAGACACUCAUUUCUUCCUUACAGGUUGGGGUGGACACAGGCAGGGGUGGGUAAUUGUGGAAGCACAGGUGUGUGCACGUGGUCCGUACAUAUACCCGUGAUCACGGGUGACUGUGUGUGCAUGAGUGGGCCUAGGUGGGGGUGGAGGCUGAUGAACCUAGAGAGCCAUCCCCCUGCCCCCGAUCUUUAGAUCAAUUCCAGGCCCAGGCCAGCCGGGUCCAGCCCUGUCCCUCACUGUUUCCCAGCCCUCCCCUGAGGCCCUAUGUAGUUCUUGCCCAAGCUAAGAUCCAGCCCAGCCCCAGCCCAAUUCUCAGUCCGGCCCUCAGGACUGGGUGUUCUGGACCUCUGGCCACCUCACUGGAGUACCAGGGUGUGGAGGGGGGAGGGAACACCUGCCGGGGUCCCGGAGGAACAGAGAUGAAGGAGGCAGGGCUGAGGUGGGGUCACACCCAUGUAUUUUGGCACUUAUGGAUGACCCUAUCCCUCUCCCUGCUGCCACCCCCGACCUCUCGCUGUGCUCUCUCUCCCCUGACAGCAUUCACUCGGUGUAAGAUGGGACUGUUGUCCAGGCUGCUGUUUACAGACCAAUCGCCAGACCCCCAAGCACUGUUUUGGGUAGGCUCUACCAAAACAGCACUUAUUGAGUUUUGGUUUGUUUUUUUUUUUAACAAAAAAGAAACAUUUUCCUGAGAGCAA